AUGAGCUCAUCCGAGGAUGACAUUCCCCUCGUUGGGGGCGGCAAGCUCAAUGGCAACAACAGAGCUCAUUCGCCAAAGUCGAAGGAAACUAUUUCUGCCGAUGUUGAUAGGGAGAUGAAUAAAGAGAAUCCUCCCCAUGGCAGGGGUAUCCAACCCGGCAUCACACUGCGCCACGGCCCGGUUGAAGAGAUGGAUGUCGAUGAGCCUGCCACUAACGGCGUCACUACAAACGGUGAUAUGCAAGGCAAGCGUAAAUCCAGGGCUAGUGUAAAUGGCACGAAGAGCUAUAAGGAGCAAAGCAGCGACGAAGACGAAGAGCCUCUGAGCAAACGUCGCAGAACUUCCGCCGCCAACCGAAAGGCCGAAUCAGAAUCUGACGACGAACCGAUUAUUGCGAAAAAGAAAUCUGGCGCCGGUCUCCCUAAAAAGCCCCACAAAGUGACCAAGGAAGACCUUGGUCUCUCUGAUGAUUCUGAUGCUCCAAUUAGCGCGAAAUUGACCAAGACCAAGGCCUCUAUCGAAAAACAAGCCGAGAAGGAGGCCAAGAAUUUGCGCAAGGAGGAAAAGAAGCCUGCAGCAAGUAAGCGAGCUGCCAAAAAGGAGGAAAGUGAUGACGAGCCGAUUCAGAAGAAACGCCGCGGCACGGCUACGAAGAAGACACCCGUCAAAAAGGAAGAGUCUGACGACGACGUCCCUCUGGCUCGGAAGGCCCCGGCGAAGAAAGCGACUGGAAAAGGCAAGACGGAGGCACCUGCACCUGCGAAAAGGCAGCCUAAAUCCGAUGCAAAAAGCAAGACGCCCAAGCGGGAGCAGACUGAGGAAGCUGGGGAAGACGACGAGGAAGAAUUCAGAUGGUGGGAGAAUCCCAUGAAGGGUGACGGCACCAAGAAAUGGACCUCGCUCGAGCACAACGGUGUCAUCUUCCCUCCGCCCUAUGAGCCUUUGCCUGCGAACGUGAAGCUCCUUUAUGAUGGCACACCAGUCAAGCUCCACCCAGAAGCUGAAGAGGUAGCUGGCUUCUUUGGAAUCAUGCUCAAUUCUACACACAACGUGGAGAAUCCGACAUUCCAGAAGAAUUUUUUUGAUGAUUUUCAGAAAGUUCUCAAGAAAACCGGAGGUGCCACUGAUAAGGAUGGCAAAAAGGUCAACAUCAAGGAGUUUUCGAAACUCGAUUUCCGGCAAAUUUUUGAAUAUUACGAGUCGAAGAAGAUCGCCCGAAACUCCCGAGCGCCUGCCGAGAAGAAGGCCGAAAAGGCUGAAAAGGAGAAAGAUGAGGCGCCCUAUAUGUUUUGUCUUUGGGAUGGCCGAAAGCAGAAAGUUGGAAAUUUUAGAGUUGAACCCCCCGGUCUUUUCCGUGGCCGCGGCGAGCACCCCAAGACCGGCAGAGUAAAGCAAAGAGUUUUGCCUGAACAGAUUACGCUCAAUAUUGGCAAAGAUGCUCAGGUCCCCGCUCCUCCAGAGGGACACCGCUGGAAGGAAGUCAAGCACGACCAGGAAGGUACAUGGCUCGCUAUGUGGACGGAAAACAUCAACGGUGCCUAUAAGUAUGUCAUGCUUGCGGCAAAUUCAGACAUCAAGGGUCAGAGCGAUUUCAAGAAAUUUGAGAAAGCAAGGGAGCUCAAGAAACAUAUUGAUCAUAUCCGAAAAGAUUAUCGCAAAAAUCUUACUGCGAAGCUGAUGGCUGACCGCCAAUUGGCUACCGCUGUCUACUUGAUUGAUCAGUUCGCUCUGAGAGCCGGAAAUGAGAAGGGAGAAGACGAGGCUGACACCGUUGGCUGUUGCUCACUGAAGUAUGAGCAUGUGACACUGAAGCCGCCGAACAAGGUUGUCUUUGAUUUCCUCGGUAAAGACAGCAUUCGCUUUUAUGAAGAGUUUGAUGUCGACCCUCUUGUGUUCACAAACCUUAAGAUCUUCAAAAAGCCUCCGAAGGAGGAAGGUGACGAGAUUUUCGAUAGGCUGAAUACUUCGACGCUCAAUAAGCACUUGUCGGGCUACAUGCAGGGUCUUACAGCUAAGGUCUUCCGUACUUAUAAUGCUUCGUUCACCAUGUCACAGCUCCUGCAAAAGAUGAAGUCGGAGGGUUCUGUGGCCGAAAAAGUCAAAGACUACAACGAGGCCAAUCGCGAAGUUGCGGUGCUUUGCAACCACAAGCGUACAGUCGCAGCUGGGCAUGCCGGACAGAUGGAGAAGAUGGGUGAUAGAAUCAAGGGUCUCCAGUAUCAAAGAUGGCGAGUCAAACAAAUGAUGAUUGAUCUGGAAGGUGCCAAGAUCAAGAAGAAGAAGGGCGCACAGUAUUUUGAGUUGGACGAAGAUCUUGACGAGGAAUGGAUCAAGGAGCAUCAAGCGUUCCUUGUCCAGGAACAGCGCCAAAAAAUCGAGAAGAAGUUCCAGAAGGACAAUGAGAAGCUUGUUGCCGAGGGCGAGAAGGAGAUGAAGACCAAAGAGCUGCAGGAACGUUUGAAGGCCGCGGAUGAGCUCGCCGACAAAUUCAAGAAGGAGAACAAGACGAAGAAGGUCGUUGCCGAAGGCAAGGGUGUGACGCUCGAAAAGCUCGAGGCGAAUGUGGAGAAGCUCGAUCAGCGAAUUACGACGAUGCAGGUACAAGCUCUAGACAAGGACAACAACAAAGAAGUGUCUCUCGGUACCUCUAAAAUCAACUAUAUCGAUCCCCGUCUCACGGUCGUCUUCUCGAAGAAGUUCAAUGUCCCAAUUGAGAAAUUCUUCUCCAAGACACUGCGCGAGAAGUUCGAUUGGGCGAUCAAGUCGGCUGACGAGAACUGGGAGUUUUAA